AAGAAAGUACAUAGAAAGAGGAAAGAGAGAGAGAGAGGAUUGUUUGUCGUGGUUAGUUGUUUUGAUUGGUUUAGCCUUCCGUCUUUCAGAGAUUUCGGUUAGUGAGAGCGUGCGUGUGAGGGUCGUUGGUUGACUCUCUUCCCUCCAUCUCCUUGAGCUGUAAUUUUUCGGAUUCUUUCUCUCUCUAAAACUCUCUUCUCUCUCCAACUCUCAGAGGGAAUGGAAAACAGAAAGCCAUUAGUCUCAUCUGACAAAGUAGUCCUUAUCUUACCAUAUUUAUGACAUUAUUAUUGUGAUUAAUUUAAUUUAAUUGAAGAAAUAGAGGGAACCUACGGUACAACGACGCUAUCGAAUUUUAGCUUCUUUUAAGCUCGGCUAGAAAGCAAAUUGGGUUUGGAUCAUUUGUUGGUUUAGUUGAAGGUUGGGUUCUAUCUACGUUCUUUCUCUAUUGCUCUUCUGCAAAACAGGGAAAAAUAGAAGUACCGGGGAGUUGGGAAAUUAUUGUCUGGCAGUUAGUUUUGGAUAUUUUGUGAAUUGGGCUUGUUUUGAUUUCCUGUUCUAGGUGAGAACAGUGGUUUUUCCCCCUUCAAAAUUUCGCUCUGCAUGGAGAUUUGUUGGUUGGGAUUCAUGAUCUUCUGUGGCUAAUAAAACAGUUUUCAUGGAAAACAGGAAAAUUCUUCAGGAGUUAAAUAUCGAUGGGGACAAAAUGUUUUCAGAAUUGUUUGACAGAAGAACAUCCAGGAAUCUCAAGUCAUGGAAAUAUUCCCUUUGAUGUAUGCUUUAGCAUUAAAAGGGAAUCAGAUCACACUUCAUCCGUUUAACGGAGUUUUGGAAUGGAAGCAGUCAUUGAUCCUCAACCUAUAAAGCUAGAUGUAGAACCUAGCAACUGUGAGGAAGUGAAGGUUAAACGAUCUGUUAGGCGGAGAAAUUGGAUCCAUUAUGGUUUAUUAGAUAUUAGUUCUGGAGAUGAGUCUGACUGUGAAAAAUCCAUGAAGGACCAGUACUUAAGGCAUGCCAAACACAAUGAUGGUACUCCUGAAGCACCGGGCAGUCCCCGACACAGGAAGAUAUUCACGAGAUGGCACCCAAAAGAUGCCUGCAGGCCCAUUAUUGAUGAAGCACCAGUAUUUUAUCCAAAUGAUGAGGAGUUUGAAGAUGCACUUGGUUAUAUUGCAAAGAUACGCAAGGAAGCAGAACCUUAUGGUAUCUGCCGGAUUGUGCCACCUCCUUCUUGGAAGCCACCCUGCCCUCUAAGAGAAAAGAGCAUAUGGGAACAUGCUAUGUUUUCUACACGAAUUCAGCAAGUAGAUAAGCUCCAAAAUAGGGAGCCAAUGAAAAAGAAAUUAAGAAAUCGUAGCCACAGAAAGCGCAAAAGAAGAAGGCGCUCAAGGAUGGGGACGACUCAGAGACGUACAAGUUUUGAUGGCUAUGACACUAAUGAAUGUGUUGCCUCUGACACAGACGAGAAGUUUGGGUUCCUUUCAGGUUCUGAUUUCACUCUUAAUGAUUUUCAGAAAUAUGCUGAUGAUUUCAAAGAGAAUUAUUUUGGAAUGAAGGAUGUCGAAGAGAACUUAAACUUUGUCAGGGACGAACCCAAGGAAAUGUGGGUUCCCUCAGUAGAGGAUAUUGAAGGUGAAUAUUGGAGGAUAGUUGAGAGACCAACAGAAGAAAUAGAGGUGUAUUAUGGGGCUGAUUUGGAAACUGGAGUAUUUGGGAGUGGAUUUCCUAAAGGAUCACAUUUGAACCCUAUAGACAACUUGGAUAAGUAUGUAACGUCAGGCUGGAAUUUGAAUAACUUCCCACGCCUGCCCGGGUCUCUACUUUGCUAUGAAAGAGAAGAGAUCUCAGGGGUUCUGGUGCCAUGGUUAUACAUUGGGAUGUGCUUUUCAUCAUUUUGUUGGCAUGUUGAGGACCACCACCUCUACUCCCUGAACUAUCUCCAUUGGGGUGAUCCGAAAGUAUGGUAUGGAGUUCCUGGAAGCCAUGCAUCACAAUUGGAGGAAGCCAUGAAAAAGCAUUUGCCUGAUCUGUUUGAGGAGCAACCAUAUUUACUUAAUGAACUGGUUACUCAGUUGUCCCCUUCAGUUUUAAAAUCUGAGGGGGUGCCAGUGUACCGAGCUGUCCAGAAUUCUGGGGAGUUUGUUCUCACCUUUGCAAGGGCAUACCAUGCGGGGUUCAACUGUGGCUUCAACUGUGCAGAAGCUGUCAAUGUGGCCCCAGUUGACUGGUUACCACUUGGACAAAGUGCAGUGGAGCUCUAUAGCGAGCAGUGCCGGAAGACAUCCAUCUCUCAUGACAAGUUACUACUGGGUUCGGCUCGGGAAGCUGUCAGGGCCCUCUGGGAGCUCUUGGUACAUGGAAAGCAAAGCCCAGAGAAUUUAAGUUGGAAAAGUGUUUGUGGGAAUGAUGGGAUACUUACAAAAGCGAUUAAGGCCCGAGUUGAUAUAGAGCAGGAAAGAAGAGACAGUCUUCCAAUUCUUUUGCGGUCUCAAAAGAUGAACAGAGACUUUGAUUUGACACAUGAACGAGAAUGCUUUUCAUGCUUCUAUGACUUACACCUGUCUGCUGCCAGCUGCAGGUGCUCUCCUGACCGCUUUGCAUGUCUCAAACAUGCAAAAUUUCUCUGUUCAUGUGAACCAGGGCAGAGAUUUUUCCUUUUCCGUUAUAAUACAGAAGAAUUGGCCACUCUGGUUGAGGCUUUAGAAGGGAAUUUAGAUGCUUUAACUAAAUGGGCAUCACAGGAUCUUGGAUUAGUUAACAUCAACAGCAUAGAAGCUGGUAACCCUAUGUCAGAUUUUGAGAGUGAAGCAUCAAGAACUGAUUGUCUCAUGCAGAAGGAAGGAAGUCCCUCUUCAGGAAUAGGAGAAAUUCCUAACAUUAACGAGCCUUGCAAAUUGGAAUGUUAUAAUUCUUUGGAAGUCAUUCAGUCAAACCAGCAACAAGGACCUCAUAGUUUAUAUGCACCUCAUGUCAAGACAGAGGUGGAGAAUGGGGUUUGCAAUGAAGGAUUUCCUAUCAAAAAAGAUGAACUGAAACGGGACUGGUGUAUUAAUUUGAAUCUUGAGGGUAUGUCUGUCGAACAUGGAAGUGGGAAGCAAGAAAUGUAUGAAAGCUAUGAUAAUAAGACAACUGUUGAUGUUGCCAAGACCUUUACAUCAGUGAUUAAGCAGGAAGAAAUUCACAUUUCAAAUGUUUCAAAAGAAAUGGAAAAAAGGGACCUUGAUAGUGGUGGAAGGGCCCUCUCUAUUCCAGUCAGAUCAAUUUCUGAUUGCAACUCAGUUUCACUAAAUAAUUCUGCUGAGUUAUCUUCUCUUAUUCCUGUGAGUAAAAGUCAUCCUUCAUGUUUGAGAGAUGCUGGACAUCCUUGCAACUCUGGUAGUAGUAAGCUCUUUGGGAUUGAUCUUUCCAUUCCACAUUCUUCUUCAUUUGCAUCAUCAAGCAGCAUAAUCAAAACUGAACUUAUGGAACUCAAUUCGUGCCUAAAGACUCUAAAUGGUGAAAACCAUCCAACAAAAAACUUGAAUUUACGUGUCGAGCCUAUAAACUUUGGCAUAACCAUGCCGGGAAAGCUUUGGUGCAGUAAAAGUGCCAUAUUUCCGAAAGGGUUCAGAAGCCGUGUAAGGUUUUUUAGUGUGUUUGAUCCAUCACAAAUUUGCAGCUAUAUCUCAGAGGUCCUGGAUGCUGGUCUCCUUGGGCCUCUGUUUAAGGUUACGGUGGAGGAGUGCCCAAGUCAGGCCUUUGCUAGUGCCUCUGCUGAGAAAUGCUGGGAAAUGGUGCUAGAAAGACUGGAACAAGAGAUCCAAAGACAACAUAACCUAGGGAAAAAAGGACUGCCACCCAUACAACCUUUACAGAAUCUCAAUGGACUUGAAAUGUUUGGAUUUUUAUCCCCGUCCAUUAUUCAGGCCAUUGAAGCACUUGAUCCCUAUCAUCAGUGCUUGGAGUACUGGGAGCAUAGGCUUAAUCUCAAAGGGGAAGAUUUGAAUAAAGUCCCUUUAGUGCAAUGUGGGGUUUUGGGCAAGGAACUUGAUGGUGAGAAGAGGUAUCCUGUUGGUGCAACUUUAUCUACAGAGGAAUCAAAGACUCGGAUUUUUGGCUUUGAUUUAAUAAAAUUGGACCUGGACAAAUCAAAUACUGGAGUCCAUUCAGUUAAUGAAGUUCAGUCUGUGAUAGGAGGAUUGUUCAAGAAAGCAAAUACAGAUGAACUAAAAAUGAUGCACAGGAUAUUAUGCAGUGGAUCAUGGAGCACUGAAUGGAGAGUGGCAUUCACAACUUUGAACAGGGAGAUUCAGAAAAUUGUAGAUAAAUGAGGAGGAAAAGUAGAAAAUAAGCCAUCAUUCUUUUUGUCUGAGGUAACGUUGUUUUUUCAUUUUCUUUUUCUAGUCCCUACCUUCCCCAUUCUUUUUAGGUCUAUUCUUUUCAGGCUCUUUAGAGAUCAUUAGGGCAAGAGUAUGGCAUGCAUUUCUGCUGUGCCCUCUAUGAUACAUAGGGUUUUUGUUCCAAUACCAUUAACCAAUCACAAUUAAUUUCAGGCUGCUUGUAUAUUAGAAAUUUAUGCACUAUAGAUAAAGAAAAUUUCUUCCAACUUAAUGAAAUUCAUAUCCAAUUUAUCUCUUGCCUGAACUGACUCUAAUUCUAUAUUAGAUGUGUAUAUUAAACCCUUUAUCAAUGACGAUUGUUUAGUCUUAUUUUUUCCA